AAGUUGGUUAAUGGGGAAGGAUUAGUUAGAGAGUGUAGAAGAAAAGUUUGACUAGGAGUCCACCUACUCUUUUCAGUACUCAAUGCAACGUCUUUAUUUUUAGGAAGCAAUUCUUAAUUUUGGUCAAACAAUUUUCAGAUUCCGUCGGCUCCGACUUUCUUCCAGAUCUGCACUGCAUUUUCGAGCUUAAGCCCUACGCUAUCCUCCAAUAACACCUGCGCACUGCCUCUUAACUCCCUCUUUUUUUCGUGGAAGGAAUGCAAAUUCCAAAACCCAGAUUGUCCAAUUUAGCUGCUUAGCCUCUUGGCGCUUUGUAACCCCAUUUUUGCUAAAGGUUUGUUUCACAUAUAAUUUCUUCUUUCCUUUAUAUAUUUUAGUUAAGUGGAAGGAAGAAAGCUCCUCUGCAUUUCGGAACUUGGUUGUUUUAACUGCAAUGUUCGUUCCUUGGGAGCUAUAAUUUUCAAGAAUGUAUGUCUCUAAUGAAUUCUACAAUUGCUUCCGGGAAGGAAAAAAAAGCCAUUGCAUAUUGGGAAUGAAGACUGCUGAAAUGAAGCUGGCAUCCUACUUUGCUGCAUUUGCUUGUCUGUUUCUUUGUUGCGGUUCAGGAACAGUUGCUGACUUAGACUUAGAUGAGCAAGCCCUCCUGCAAUUUUCUGCCACAGUUCCUCAUGGCCGCAAAAUUAAUUGGAGUCCUGCUACCCCGGUAUGCACUUCAUGGGUUGGCAUCAAUUGCACCAAGGACGGCUCCCGUGUAAUAGCCUUGCACCUUCCUGGUGUUGGACUGCACGGUCAAAUUCCAGCCAACACACUCGGAAAGCUUGAUGCUCUCAUGAUCCUCAGCCUUCGGUCGAACCGUCUCAGCGGGAACCUUCCAUCUGAUGUACUCUCCCUUCCCUCUCUUCGUUAUGUAUACCUUCAGCAUAACAACUUUUCAGGUGACAUCCCUUCCUCUCUCCCUCUCAGUCUGGAUUUCCUUGAUCUCUCCUUCAACUCCUUGACAGGCAGCAUUCCAACCGCAAUUCAGAAUCUAACAAACCUGACUGGUUUAAACCUUCAGAAUAACUCCCUUACAGGACCUAUUCCCGAUUUCAAUCUUCCAAGGCUUAGGCUUUUGAAUUUGAGCUACAACCAUUUAAAUGGAUCAGUCCCAUCUUCCUUCCAGAAGUUCCCUGCUUCUACUUUUGUAGGAAACCAUUUAUGUGGGCCUCCACUUAACCAAUGUCUUACAAUUAGCCCUUCACCAUCACCUUCCCCAACUAACUUCCCUCCACCAACAGUACCAGAAAACCCAAGAAGAGAUUCCCAUAAGAAAUUAAGUAUAGGUGCUAUAAUUGCCAUAGGAGUAACAGGUUCUGCACUGGUGUUUUUCUUGUUGCUUAUACUAGUACUUAGCUGUUUAAAGAAAAAGCGCAAUCAAGGUGGUGCUCUUACAUCAAAAGUGAAAGGUGGAAGGAGCGAGAAACCUAAGAAGGAUUUCGGGAGUGAGGUGCAAGAGGCUGAGAAGAACAAAUUGGUUUUCUUUGAAGGCUGUUCUUACAAUUUUGAUCUUGAGGAUUUGUUGAGAGCUUCGGCUGAAGUACUCGGCAAAGGGAGUUAUGGUACGACCUAUAAGGCGAUUUUGGAGGAAGGAAUAACAGUGGUUGUGAAGAGGUUGAAAGAAGUAGCUGCAGGGAAGAGAGAAUUUGAACAACAAAUGGAAAUUGUUGGAAGGCUUGGUCAGCACCCAAAUCUUGUGCCACUUCGUGCUUAUUACUAUUCAAAGGAUGAGAAGUUGAUGGUAUAUGACUUCAUAGCUGCAGGAAGUUUUUCCUCAUUACUGCAUGGAAGCAGGGAACGCGGGCGUCCUCUUCCAGGCUGGGAUUCGAGGGUAAAGAUCUCUUUGGGAGCAGCAAAAGGCAUUGCCUACAUCCAUUCUUCUGGAGGUGGAAAAUUUAUCCAUGGCAACAUCAAGUCCUCCAAUGUCCUCCUCACAGAAGACUUACAUGGCUGCAUUUCUGAUUUUGGAUUGACUCCUUUAAUGACUUCUCCAAAGGUUCCGUCUAGAAGUGCAGGAUACCGAGCUCCCGAGGUGAUUGAAUCUCGAAAGUUUACUCAAAAGUCUGAUGUCUACAGUUUCGGUGUACUUCUCCUAGAGAUGCUGACGGGCAAAGCAGCAACCCAAUCAUCAGGGCAUGCAGACGUGGUCGACCUUCCAAGGUGGGUUCAGUCUGUUGUUAGAGAGGAAUGGACUGCUGAAGUAUUUGAUGUAGAGCUGAUGAAAUAUCAAAAUAUUGAAGAAGAGCUGGUGCAGAUGCUCCAGAUAGCAAUGACUUGUGUGGCAAGGCUUCCGGACAUGAGACCUUCAAUGGAAGAAGUAACUCGGAUGAUUGAAGAAAUUCGACCUUCUGUUUCUGAAAAUCGACCCUCGUCAGAGGACAACAGGUCCAAGGGCUCAGAUACUCAAACCCCAUGAUCACUGCAACUAUGACAUCGAUGUUGUGAUUUCAGACAUAGGGAACACCAACAAGGAUUCAAGUUUGAAUGUUGUUAGAUGCCCAUCUUUGUAUCAUUUCCCGGAAAUUCAAAGGCUUCCCUGUGAGAGUUAGGAAAGUUGUGGAAGAACAACAGGCUCAAAUCUGUAGAAAAUGUUAGGAAAAUCAGAUGAAUAACCGCAUCUCUUCUGUAUUCAAUACAAGUAAACAUUAAUUUUCACAAAUUACAGCCAGCAUGUUUUUCAUA